CGAUGAUAUGAUCACAGAGACAAAUUGAUCGGGGCGAAAUACGGAACACUUCAUGCAGCUGAGAGGGGCGACUGAACAAUCUUCUAACUAAAUAUAACUUUUGCUGCAAAGGGAAGAGCAUUCACACAACAAAUCAUGUCGGAGACAAAGACAUAUACGUUAAAAGAAAUCAAGGACCACAAAACCAGCCAGGAUAUAUGGAUUGUAAUUCACAACAAAGUUUACGACAUUACGAAAUUCUUGGACGAUCAUCCUGGUGGUGAAGAAGUACUUCUUGAACAAGGAGGAGUCUCAGCAACAGAAUCCUUUGAAGAUGUGGGACAUUCUGCAGACGCAAGAGAACUUAUGAAAGAUUACCUUAUCGGAGAUCUAGCAGAGGCGGACUGGGAAACAUCAGUAACGUCUAACACAGGACCUGUCGCACCGGACUCGGGUUCAGGAAGUAAUUUAGCCCAGUGGAUCAUUCCAACCAUCGUCGCCCUCGGUGUUGCGCUUCUUUACCGCUUCUACAUUGCUGGAAACUGAUGAAGGGUCGGGGACCAUCCCGGAGGACUAAAUAUAUCUAUUUGUAAUUCAACAACAGCUCCAGACUAAACUCAAAAUCAAAAAUACAUUAUUUACCGGAUGCAUACGAUCAUUUUUAUCUCGGCUGAAUUAUAAAAUGUGAUGAAUGAUGAGAGUUGUUUAGUAAACCCCCCAUGUGAAAUCUGUCUUGCGGGUCCUUUUUUUUCUCUACCUCGAUGAUGAUUUUAUCAAAUGCAAGAUAUGAUGUGAUAGUUAAUCUAAUAAACCACUUCAUGAGGCCCUGCCUAGCACUGCCUUGAACUGCUUUCAAUGGGUAAAUUAAAUCUUGGUCCUUAGCGGCACAUUGUGUCGCACACAAAACUAACAAUGCUGCUAGCCAAAUGGCGGCAGCUUGGAAAAAUAUUUGGUACCAGGAUUUGUUUUGUGUCAGAAUAAUGUGCUGGUAGGGCACACAUUAGCAAGUCUUAUUUUGUUAGUUCAGGGAAAGGCUUGAUGGGUAGGUCCAUUGAUUGAGAUAAUGAACACAAUGACAACAUUUCAACUAUUCAGUAUUCAUUUUUCCUUCCUACUCCCUUGAUUUAAGUAUACACUAUUUGUUAACAACAAUGUAUCUUAAUAUAAUUAACUGCUAGAUCAAGGGCGGAUUUUCUACCUUCUGCCCAGCUAGUAAUUUCAAAGAUGCUGUACAUAACUGCUUCUGUUGUAUGUGACUACUUUAAUAGGGGAAUACUGAAGCCUGGUUCAUACUUUAUGCAAAUGAGAAUGCAAAUCAAAAAUUUACGUCAAAAUGUGCAACAAAUAAUUCCAAGCAGUUGUAUGUACUAUGUGCAACUCCUGCGAAACUUUCACUGCGAAAACAGGGCUGUGACGUCAAAAUUGGUAUCACAUUCGCAUACGCAGGAAGUAUGAUCCGGGCUUGCCUGUUUGAUUGUAAUACUUGUAGACAUAUAAAGUGUUAAUUUAUGUAGAACUGCUUGUAUGUAUGCUGCUGCCGAAUUCAAAUAGAUUACUACAUGUAUUUAUAUCAUUUGUACCUCCCAACAAUGCACAGUUUGAAUAUCUUUAGUAUUGCUCGUAAUUAUUUUUAGUUAAUGAUGGAAAAUAGGGGUGUCAAAACAUAGGGGCGACAGAACACAGGGAUUUUUGAACAGAGAUUUUUGAUGGGACAGAGAUGUGUAAUUUCAACAUCUAGAUGUAUACAUGGGGACAUAGAUGAUGUAUUUAACUAACCCCGGGUAAAGCCUGGACCAUACUGAGUGCAAAUGCAAUAUGAAUUUUCACGUCACAGCCCGCCCUGUUUUCACGGCUGCGAAUGUUUCACAGGAGUUCAGCACAAUUCAACUGAUGCGAAUAAAUUGUUGCGAACUUGUGACGUCAAAAUUUGUAUCGCAUUCGCACUGCUUCCUGGACAAGCUCCGUCGAGUUCACAUGGAGCAUGAUUCGUUCACUCUCUAUGACGAUUCCUUGGCCAAGCAGUCUGCUGAAAUUUUCAAUUACACCGUUGCUCAGGGCAAAAUAAAAUAAAAACGAACUGUGCCAGACUUGAACCGUUAUAUGGUAUCUACCCAUGUAGUUAUGAGGACCCCUGUGGCCAGAAAAUUGUGGUUGGAAUGCUGCGGCAACAUUAAAAAAAAAACCUACAUUAACUAAUUUUGAUGGUUAAGGAUUAUUAAUACUAUUGAUUUGGAAGCAAGAUAUUUUAUCUUGGUCAUUAUUUCUAUUGAGCUCAGUGUCGGUAGAGAAAAAUUUAUGUGAUAAGAGUAAUCACCAACAUAAUUUUAGCGAGAGCAACUAAAUUAAAAUAUAAUGUAGAACAAAUGGAUUUUAAGGGACGUUUUUAAAAUUUUUGAUUUAGACCUGGGAGCUGUAUGGUGGAGAUCAACAAAUAAAGAAGACUAGAUUACUACAGAA